CAAUAGCUAGGAAACUGCACUAAAUAAAGGGAACAAUGGCGCUUCAUACGUACAGAUAACAGAACUGUACGGUCGGUCAUCAGUGGUCAGGGCUUACCCCUCACCGGAGGCAAAGAAUACAGAUAGCUCAACCUUCCCUAGUUACACUCGUGUUCCACAAGUUGUGUAGGCGGCCUAGGUUUUAAAUAUGGCAGUAUUAGUUGACAGAGCUGUGUCUUUAUAUCAAGAGUUCUCAAGGCUGCCCUCUGUCACAAGUGGCAGUAUCUACUGUAGUAUUGGCAGUUGCUCUGCACAAGGCAGAAAGUCUUACACGGUUACAUCAUGUUGGAGUCAACGAGACCUUCAGAAGAUGGAGAAUGUUCAAAGCCUAAGACAGCACCAGGUCAUCACAGAUAAUCAUGGUACCCCAGUAGAAGCCAGCUGUGUUGGAUUUCCAACUGAACGAAAAGGAGAGUUACUAAGACGUUGUUCACCAUCUGGUAAACUGGUUGCUAUCAUUAGAAAGAUAACAAACAAGAAAGGAGAUGAAAAACAGUAUAUUGAGGUAUGGAAUUGUCAAAAGAUGUUAAUGACAAUUGAUGUUGCAGCUGCAGACGAACAUGGAAAAAUCUAUGAGGAUGAGCAAUUUGGAUGUAUAGAAUGGUCAACCUCAGAGAAGAAGUUGCUGUAUGUUGCUGAAAAGAAACAACCAAAAACAUCAUCCUACUUUGAAUCCAAAAGUACCUGCAAAGAAGAUGGAGAAGAUGUUAAGGAAAAGGGAAAUGAGUUUGUCUAUCGUGAAGACUGGGGAGAGCAACUGGUUUCUAAACACAUGCCAUCUCUAUGCGUGCUUGACAUUGAUAGUGCUAGCAUUGCCCCUCUAGAAGGCGUGCCUGAUGAUAUUUCACCUGGACAGGCAUUGUGGGCUCCAAAUGAUGAAGAUGUGAUAUUUGUUGGAUGGAAGAACUCAAGUUUUAGACUUGGACUUAGAUUCUGUCCAAUGCGAAGUUGUGAUCUUUACCUUCUACGAAUUAAAGAUCGGACCUUUGAUGUUUUAUCAGAACCUGAACAUGCUGUAUCAAAUCCCCGGUUUAAUUGGGACAUGAGCAAAUUAGUGUACCUCAGGAACAAGACAGGCGGACCUCAUAUGCAAUGCUCACAACUGCUUAUGUAUGAUUGGAAGACCAAAGAAACUAAGGUUGUUGUAGAAAUUCAAGACAGACCUGGCAAAACAGAAUUUCCGGGUUUAUAUCUCGUUAGUCUUCCACGUAAAUGUUGGUCCUCUGAUAACAAAAGAAUCUACACGCACAGUGCAUGGAGAAGUUGUAGGGAAAUAAUCGAGAUCAAUGUUGAAACACAGACAGUCAAGAAAAUUACAAGUUUUGGAAGUGAUGGUGAUGAAUGGAUGAAGUUCGGUGCUUGGUCAGUGUUGGAUGUUAAAGAUGAUCUUGUACUUGCUGUAUGCGGCUCGCCCAAUAUACCACAUCGUUUGGUUAUAGGAAAAAUCGGUAGUGGAAAUGAUGCCAUCUUAUGGAAAUAUCUGGAUGAAAAUCAUGUUGAAUUUUCAAAUUUUCAAUUUGAAAUUAAGGCUUAUUCCCCUAAAACACCUGAUAACUUUGAAUUUGAGGCAAUAUUGUUGACACCGAAGGGCAACACAGAACAAAGCAAACCCCCAUUAAUAGCAUUUCCUCACGGUGGUCCACACUCAGUGUUUGUAGCAGACUACAUGUUGUAUCCAGCUGUGUUUUGUCACCUAGGAUUUGCAGUUUUAAUGACAAGCCAUUGAUCAAACGAUAGCAGAUGGUGUUGCCGACGGUAACAAGGUCGUGCUUCAAGGUGGGUCACAUGGAGGAUUUCUGGUGUGUCAUCUGAUUGGCCAGUUCCCAAAUGCAUUUAAGGCUUGUGUAGCCAGGAACCCCGUGACAAACAUGGCAUCCAAGCUGGGAGCCACCGAUAUACCUGAUUGGAACUAUACUGAAAGUGGAUUAGGCGACUAUUAUCAUUCUCGUUUGCCAUCAGCAGAAGUGUAUGGGACAAUGUUUCAGAAGUCACCGUUAUCUCAUGUAGACAAGGUGAAGACUCCAACCAUGAUAAUGAUUGGUACAGCUGAUAAACGAGUUCCUCCUCAACAGGGCUAUGAAUUUGCACGAGCUCUCCAAGCAAGAGGUAUCAAGACAAGAGUGUUGAGUUAUCAAGAUGACAACCAUUCCCUUGCAAAGACUAAUGUUGAAGCUGAUGCAUUUAUUAACAUGUUCAAAUGGUUCAUUGAUCACCUGUAAAACACAAAGGAAAGAGAAGAAAUAAAAAGAAAAAUAAAGGAAAUGAAAAGAAAUAAAGAAAAAAUAAAAGAUAUAUAAAGGAAAGGAAAAAAAUAGAAAGGUAAAAGAAAGUGGAAGAAAGGUGAAUGAAAGGACAAGAAAAGAUAGGAAACAGGAGGAAAGGAAAAGAGAAAUAAAAAGAAAAAGAAAAGAAAAAUCAAGGAAAGUAAGUGAAAGAAAUUGAUAAAUUGAAUGGAACAAACAAGAAAAAAUAGGUUUAUACAACCAUUUUUUAUGGUAUGAACGCAAGUGCGAAGGGACAAUAUAAUAGUUAAACAUAAUGUUUAAGCAGGAAAAGUACAUUUAAGUGUGGUAUGAGUACUCCAACAUGGAAUAGACAUUGCACUUAUGAGAUGGCUGGACAUCAAAUGAUGGCUAAAUAAAAUAACAUUUAGUAAUAAUACAGUAAUGGGAUAUACAAAGCAUGAUAUGUCAUUGAGAAAUGUGUUGAAUGAAUGCCUAUAGGCAUUAGGUCUGGCAGUGUAUCAUUAAAUGCAGGAUGAGAAAAGUGGAACACAUAGUAAAGAAUGAUAGCCUUAGUGUGGUUUAUUUCUAUAUCCAGGCAGUGUAGGACACUAUGUGCAUAAUGAAGAAAACUAAUCCAUGGUCAGAUUGGUCUAAUACAGAAUGAUACUGAUAGUCUAAGUGGAGUUUUUUUUUUACAUCAAACUAUUAAAAAUUUCCCCAACAAUUUUGGUUAACUAUUAAUUGAUGAAUGCUGCUCUGUGUGAUUGUAGAUUCAUUUUGUGACUGGUUGAUAAACAGUACUUGCUGAACGUACACUAUACUACAUUCAAAUAAAUAAGCAAAAAAUAGAA